AUGACAAACCCCCAAGAUAUCUCGAAGGCCCCGCAGCAGGGUUUGGCUCAUCGGAUGAGCGUCUCAGCCUCACCAACCACGACAUUCUCCCCGCCCUCUAGCUUUGGCCGACCCAAUUGUCAACAAGGCUUGCCAAAGCAGCUCAAGCCCUUCAACACCAAGGAUAUCAAGAUCCUCCUCCUGGAGAAUGUCAACCAGAGCGGCAAGGACAUAUUGACCGGCCAGGGCUACCAGGUCGAAGCACACAAGGGCUCAUUGCCCGAGGAUGAGCUUAUUGAGAAGAUUCGGGAUGUCCAUGUAAUUGGCAUAAGAUCAAAGACCAAGCUGAACGAGAAAGUUCUCCGUGAGGCCAAGAACCUGCUUGUAGUUGGAUGUUUCUGCAUUGGCACCAACCAGGUCGACCUGGAAUUCGCCGCCCACCAUGGAAUUGCUGUGUUCAAUUCCCCUUUCGCCAACUCUCGAAGUGUAGCCGAGCUGGUGAUUGCCGAGAUCAUUACCCUCGCGCGCCAGCUUGGUGAUCGAUCGAAUGAGAUGCACAAGGGCGCCUGGAACAAGGUGAGCAACAAGUGCUGGGAGAUUCGCGGCAAAACACUCGGCAUCGUCGGAUACGGACACAUCGGCUCCCAGCUCUCUGUGCUUGCAGAAGCCAUGGGCAUGUCGGUCAUCUACUACGACGUGGUCAGCCUCAUGGCUCUAGGUUCAGCUCAACAGGUGCCGACCCUCAAGGAUCUCCUGAGCCAGGCCGACUUCGUGACUCUGCACGUGCCUGAGCUGCCUGAGACCAAGGACAUGAUGUCUGCUACACAGUUCGAGCAGAUGAAGGAGGGUGCAUACCUGAUCAACGCCAGCCGUGGAACCGUGGUGGAUCUACCCGCCCUAAUCAACGCGAUGCGCAGCGGAAAGGUCGCCGGCGCUGCCGUCGAUGUCUACCCCGCCGAGCCACGGGGCAAUGGGGACUACUUCAACAACAGCCUGAACGGCUGGGAGGAGGAUAUCCGAAGCCUGAACAACAUCAUCCUCACCCCACACAUUGGCGGAAGCACCGAAGAGGCGCAAAGAGCCAUUGGCAUUGAAGUUGCUGAUGCACUUGUCCGAUACAUCAACCAGGGUAUCACGCUGAGUAGCGUCAACAUGCCGAAGCUGAACAUGCGUUCGUUGACACUGGAUGAACCCAACCAUGCAAGAGUGAGCAGCCUUACUUGCACUUCACUCACAGCUACAACAGCAACUGAUGCUUCGCAGAUCGUGUUCAUCCACCAGAAUGUACCGGGCGUUCUACGCAAAUUCAACGAUAUACUCGGUUCCCACAACGUAGACAGGCAAAUGAGCGACAGCAGAGGCGAUGUUGCCUACGUCAUGGCCGACGUGAAGGAUGUGGAAACUAGUGAUCUCGAGGAGAUUUACGAUAGCCUCGAGACUCUGAGCUCCCGAAUCUUGACCCGCGUGCUUUACUAG